AUGGCCAAUUCUGGUGCCAAGUUUGUGUCUGCGAAUCUGAACAAGUCUUAUGGACAGCAGCACCAGCCUUCUCAUUAUGCUCAUCAUUCAGCUUUUAGUGGCAGCAGUGGUUCUUAUGGGCAGGUUGGCACUGGGGCUCGGGGGCGCCCUGGGAGUGGAGGUACGGGAAUGGUGUUGUUGUCAAGGAAUAGGGUUACACAGAAGGCUGGUCCAAAACUCUCUGUUCCACCCCCCUUGAAUUUGCCCUCCUUGAGGAAAGAACAUGAAAGAUUUGAUUUGUCUGGGCCAGGCGGAGGUUCGGGUGGUGGCAUCGGUCCUGGAAAUGGGCCGAGGCCCACUUCAUCAGGUUUGGGCUGGACCAAGCCUGUGACAGCUACUGCUUCAUCAGAGAAGAAUGAGAGCAGUGUUGAUGUUCAUGUGACUGAUGGAAUGAAUGCUACUGAUGGAUUAAGUCGUGGCAGUAGUUCUUAUUUGCCAAUAUCAGCUCAAUCUGAUGAGCUUGGGGUUGCUCGUUCUGGUUAUCCUGGGGCAUUUCCACCAUCAGCAGAGAGAAUCACAGUUUUGAGAGGUGAGGAUUUCCCCUCUUUGCAGGCUGCAAGGCCUGUUUCAUCAGGCACAUCACAAAAACAGAAGGAUGCUUCGAACCAAAAACAGAAGCAGGCAGUAAGUGAGGAAACGUCUGAGGACAAGAGGGACAGUUACAAUUCAAGUUUGCUAGCUGAUAUGCGGAAACAGGGGCAGUCUUCACGUAGUACUGUUGGAAAUGAGUCAUUGGAGAAUGGUGGAGAAGUUCAUAGGAUGGGCAGUUUGCGAAUGGUAGAUCACGCUCGGAAGCAGGAAGAUUACUUUCCUGGUCCACUGCCACUGGUUCAGUUUAAUCCGAGAUCUGAUUGGGCUGAUGAUGAGCGUGACACUGGCCAUGCGUUUGCAGAACGGGGAAGAGAAGUUGUGGGUUCAAAAAUUGAAAAUUAUUGGGAUAGGGAUUUUGACUUGCCCAGACCCAAUGUUUUAAUGCAGAAGCCUGUUCAUAAUCAAAAUCAUUGGAGUCAACGAGACAAUAAAAAUAGAAAUGACCCAUAUAAACUGGACCCAUAUAACAGAGAUUUGAGAACAAAUAGUGGGGAAGGCAGGGAAGUCAACAAGUGGAGAACCUCAUCACUUCCUAAAAACGGAUUAAAUUCUCAAGAGGUUGGAAAUGACCGAUAUGGUGUCGGUGCGAGGACUGAUGGACCUAACAAUGCUGUGAAGGACAAUAAGUACAUUACACCACAUUUUGGUGACACUGGUAGAGAUGGAAGUGUGAUGGUUAAUCGGGAUUCUUCAUUUGGAAGGAAGGAUGUGGUACAUGUUCCAGAUGUGCGGCAGCAAUUUAACAAUUCAAUGGAAAUACAUAAUAAUCGAGAUCGUUAUGGUGCUGAACAAUUUAACAGGGAGAAACAUGCUUUUUCAAAAGGAGAUAAACUGUUUACGGAGGACCCCUUUUCCAAAGACUUUGGUUCUACGAGUUUCGACGAAGGGGAGCUCUUUUCCAGGGAUCUUGUUGGUGCAAUUAAGAGGAAGAAGGAUGUUGCUAAGCCGAAUGAUUUUCAUGAUCCUGUUAGGGAAUCUUUUGAGGCAGAACUUGAAAGAGUUCAGAAGAUGCAAGAACUUGAGAGGCAGAGGAUUAUUGAAGAACAAGAAAGAGCUUUGGAGCAAGCUCGAAGAGAAGACGAGGAGAGACUGAGAAGAAUCAGGGAAGAGGAAGAAAGGCAGCGAAGGUUAGAGGAGGAAGCUCGUGAAGCUGCUUGGAGAGAAGAACAGGAGAGACUGGAGGCUAUACGAAUAGCUGAAGAGCAAAGAAUUGCCAGGGAAGAGGAGAAGAAGACUACUCUUAUGGAGGAAGAGAGGAGGAAGCAAGCUGCCAAACAAAAGCUUUUGGAAUUGGAGGCUAUGAUGGCUAAGAGGCAGAGUGAAACUUCUAAUAUUGACGCUUCCGUGUCUAAUGUGAUUGUGGAUGAUAAAGUGGAUGCUGGGGUGAAGGAAAAAGAUAGCUCAGGGACUGUUGAUUUGGACAACUGGGAAGACAGUGAAAGAAUAGUGGCUAAGCUGAUGAUAACAGAACCGUUGGAUUCAUCUGCUUACAACGGACGUUCUGAUAUCAGUUCUAGGCCUUACCCUCAAGAAGUUGCUUCAAGCUUUUCUGACAGAGGAAAAAGUGUUAAUUCAUGGAAAAGGGAUAUGUUUGAAAAUGUGAGUAUGUUGCCCUUCCCAACACAGGACCACGAGAUUGGUCAUAACAGUCCGAGAAGAGAUGCAUAUGGUGGUGGCUGGACAGUUGCUAGGAAAGAAUUCUAUGGUGGAUCUGGAUACAUGAAUUCUAGGGCUUAUUCCAAAGCAGGCAUUCAAGAGCCUUUCUUAGAUGACUUUGGACGUCAGAAAGACCAUAGGUGGAACGUGCCAGGGGAUGUUGACUUGUAUAGCAAAAACAGGGACAUCAAUUCCGAUUUUCAUGAUAAUCUUGCAGAUAAAUAUGGUGAUAAUGGAUUGGGACAGGCCCGUUCUCGUAGUAGUACUUGUGCACCUUACCCAGAGCGACUGUGUGCAGAUGAGCUUUAUCCAUAUGGAAGGUCACGGCAUUCUAUGAAGCAGCCUCGCGUCCUCCCCCCUCCACUUGCUUCCUCUCAAAGAACUUCUUUCAGGGGUGUGAAGGAGCAUCCUGGUCCAUCAGCUGUCCUAGAUAAUGGCAUCCAUUAUCCUUACAGAGCAGGAAGUGAAUCCACUAGGCAGACAGGUUAUUAUGGGGGUAACCAGGAAGCCCUUGAAGCAUCCAGCCUUGUCGAACUGCGGCAAGAAAAUGCCCCUAAUGAAGACCAGAGAUUGAAGGACAUUUCAUCAAGAUGUGACUCACAAUCUUCACUAUCUGUUUCAAGUCCCCCCAACUCUCCGCCACAUCUCUCCAAUGAUGAAUUGGAUGAAUCUGGAGAUUCUCCUGUGAUAUCCAUAGUAGCAGAAGGAAAAAAGAAUCAGCAAUCUGCGAUUGAUUCUGUUAUCUUGAAUGAUCGUUCUGGAAAUGAAGCCAUGCUAAUAGCACCAGGUUCUACUUCUGCUGGUGAGGAUGAGGAGUGGACUCCUGAAAAUGAUGAUGAGUUGCAGCAGCAAGAGGAUUAUGACGAGGAUGAAGAUGGUUAUCAGGAAGAGGAUGAAGUGCGUGGAGGAUAUGAUGGGAAUCUUGAUCUGGACCCAAAAAUUGAAGAUUUGCAUCUCGAGGACAGAGAUUCUUCUCAUAUUUUGGACAAUGUGGUCUUAGGCUUUGAUGAAGGCGUUGAAGUUGUAAUACCAAGUGAUGAUUUUGCGAGAAAUUCAGGGACCAAAGAAAGCACAUUUGGAAUUUCUGGCACUCAUGUUCGUAUUGCGGAAGAACAAGGAGCUAUCAAUAGGGUUCGAGAUGAUGAACAAAGCUUUCUGACUGCAAAUGAUUCCUUUGGGACAAGCAAAGAUAGAUCCUCUCGGAAGGUCCAGGAAACUGAUAAGGUGUUGCCAGUGGCUACUGUUCAGCCUAUCAGUGCUCCUUGUGCCUUGUCUACAUCAGAUUUUUUAUAUGUCGAUGCCUCAGGUAGCUCUGGUUUACCUGCUCAACAACCUAUAUCAGCUUCAGGUGAUGUUACAUCUGGUGCUGGUGAGAUCAAUAUGUCAUCUAUGGCUUCUGCUGGGACUCGGGCUGACGUACCUGUUAAGCUUCAAUUUGGGCUGUUCUCUGGUCCAUCUCUGAUACCAUCUCCAAUUCCUGCCAUUCAGAUUGGUUCAAUACAAAUGCCCCUCCAUAUUCAUCCUCCUAUUGGUCCAUCUCUUACUCAUGUGCAUCCUUCACAACCUCCUCUCUUCCAAUUCGGUCAGCUGCGCUAUACAUCUCCUAUCUCCCAGGGAAUUUUGCCCAUGCCCCACCAAUCAAUGUCCUUUGUCCAGCCCAACAUGCAGGCCCAUUAUAAUCUGAAUCAAAAUGCUGGAGGCUGUGUGCCUAACCAACCUGCUGAAGAUGCUUCCCGACAUGCAGUAAAAGAUGAGGUGACCUCUCUCUCGGUUAAUAAGCAGUCUAGUUUGGUGUCAGGACAACCAGAGCAAUCUCAUGGGAACCUUCCCAGGGAAUUAGGUUCAGUUUUGGCAGAUGACAGUUCAAAAGGCAACUUUCUUAGACAUUCGAUCAGUUCUGGGGUUUCUGGUGCCUGUGAUAAGUUAGAAUCUGUUUCUCCAUCAGUAGAGAAAGGACAACGUGAUUCUGUUUCGAACAAUUACUUGUCAUCUUCAAAUGAGAAUAGAUCUGUAAGUCAGUUGCAGCGUGUACAACCAUCAUCGAAGUAUGUUUCUGGUGAGAAAAAUUUCGGUAGACCAAGACAUCAAGGCAUAGGGGGUAGCAGAGGGAGAAGUGGUGUGGUUCGUGUUUAUGAACAACCUGGCAUAGAAGCUCCCAGUGAUGAAGAUGACUUCAUUGAAGUGAGAUCCAAAAGGCAAAUGUUGAUCGAUCGACGUGAGCAGAAUCGACGUGAGCAGAGGGAAAAAGAAAUCAAAGCAAAAUCAAGGGUCACAAAGCUACUGCCCAAAUCUUGUGCUCCUAGACAAAGUGUUGUGGUCUCAACAAGUCCAAAUAAGCUUUCUGCACCACUGGCUAGACAAUCAUCAACCAACUAUCACUCGGAUUUUGUUGCCUCAGAGGAAAAAAGCUUGGGCGACAAAGAAGUAGUCGGAGGAACCACUGAAGUUUCCCAACCACUGGCUCCAAUUGGCACUCCUGCUCUGAAUACCGAAACUUCGGCUGAGACUCCAUCUCAUGCUAUCAUAUCCGUUCAAACAGAACCGGUUUCUGUUGUUUCUAAUGAAAGUGGAGAUGACCUAGAGACUGUGAAAAUGUUUGAGAACAAAAAUAAGAUUUUGGAUAAUUUCCAAUCAGCUGCGAGUACUUGGGGCACUGCAGGACUCAAUCAACAGGUUAUGGCCUUGACCCAGACUCAACUUGAGGAGGCUAUGAAGCCUGCUCGAUAUGAUUCACACAUUUCUGUUGAAGGCAAUUCCAGCACUGCUAGUGAUCCUGUCUUGGCAUCAUCAUCCAUGUUAACAAAGGAUAAGUCUCUUUCUUCUGGUGCAAGUCCAAUCAAUUCCCUGCUUGCUGGAGAGAGAAUUCAAUUCGGUGCUGUUACCUCUCCAACAGUCCUUCCUCCAAGUAGUCGUGUUGUUUCACAUGGGAUUGGGGCUCCGGGGUCCAAUCGACCUGACAUACAAAUGUCCCGCAAUCUAUCUGCUGAUGAGAAGGAUAGUUCUCUAUUUUUUGAAAAGGAGAAACACCCCAGUGACUCUUGUGUUACUCUACAAGAUAGUGAGGCUGAAGCUGAAGCAGCUGCUUCUGCAAUCGCUGUUGCGGCCAUCAGUAGUGAUGAGAUUGUUACCCAUGGGAUAGGAUCUGUAGGAUUGUCAGAUGCCAAAAACUUAAGAGGCUCUGACAUUGGUGGAAUUAUAGCAGCCGUAUCAGAAGAUCAGCAAUUGGUAAAUCAUUCGCGAUGUGAAGAAUCAUUAAGUGUAUCUCUUCCUGCUGAUCUUUCUGUUGAGACAACUCCAAUCUCCUUGUGGCAACCGAUGCCAAGUCCGCAGAGUUCUACACCCCAGAUGCUUUCUCGAUUUCCUGCAGGUCCACCUUCGCACUUCCCCUUCUAUGAAAUGAAUCCGAUGUUGGGGGGUCCAAUUUUCGCCUUUGGUCCAUGUGAAGAUUCUUCUGGCACCCAAUCACAACCCCAGAAUAGUACAGCAUCAAGUUCUGGACCUCCUGGUACCUGGCAACAAUGUCAUUCUAGCCUGGACUCAAUUUAUGGGCCGCCAGCUGGAUAUACUGGUCCUUUCAUUAGUCCUCCUGGUGGUAUUCCUGGAUUGCAGGGGCCUCCACAUAUGGUUGUCUAUAACCAUUUUGCUCCAGUGGGACAAUACGGACAGGUUGGUUUGAGUUUCAUGGGUACCACCUAUAUCCCUUCCAGUAAGCAAUCUGAUUGGAAACACAAUCCAACAUCUUCGGCCAUGCAUGUUGGUGAGGGAGAGAUGAGUAGUAUGAAUACUACUACUGCACAACGAAAUGCGUCCAACAUGGCUGCUCCUGUUCAACAUCUUGCCCCUGGAUCACCACUCUUGCCCAUUGCCUCCCCGUUGACCAUGUUUGAUGCAUCUCCAUUCCAGUCUGCCCCGGAUCUAUCUUUCCAAGUUCGCUGGCCACAUCUUCCUGCAUCACCACUUCACCCUCUUCCUCUCUCACGACCAUUGCAGCAAGAGGCAGAUGUACUGUCUUCUCAAGUCAGCCGUGGACAUUCGAUUGACCAAUCAUUAAAUGUCAAUAGGUUCUCUGAGUCUCGAAUUUCAACACCAUCAGAGAAUGACCCAACUUUUUCUGUGGCAGCAGAUUCAAAUAUUGCUCAGUUUCCUGCUGAGCUAGGAUUAGUAGGUACAUUGAGAUCCAUCAAUUCAGGCACAUCUGCCCAGAGUGGCAUCGAUCGAAGCUCCACCGGAAGUGCUACUGCCGAAUCUGGCAAGACUGACGUUGUUAAGAAUGGCAUUGACAAAAAUGGUAAGCACCAGAGCACUAAUUAUCUGAAGACUCAGCCAUUCCCUCAGAAGAAUUCAUCCACCCGGCAGAGUAAAUCCUCUGGCUAUAUUUAUCAAAGAGGUGGUGGGAUGUCCCAAAGAAACAAUGCAGGAAAUGAGUGGUCCUAUCGAAGAAUGGGUUUCCAUGGAAGGAACCAGUCUUCUGGUGCAGAGAAGGUUGGUCUAGGUUCAAAAAUGAAACAAAUAUAUGUGGCUAAACAAACCACAAGUGGGAGUUCUAAUGCAGCAGCAUGA